AUGGAGAAACACAAAGCAGAAGAAGACAGCCUGUGGCAGCACGUCUCGGUGCUUCUUCAAAUGGAAAUAGACGAAAAGACAGCGCCAUCAGAAAUACAGCAAAAGCUGGACACCCACGUCAUGCCGCAGAUCGAAGAUCUCGACUUGAUCAGCAAGGCAGAAGAACAGGGCGCAAGCAGAGUAAGAGCAGACAGAGUUGUGUACUCAUCGCUUAUUACAGCUCUUUACAACAAAAUACUGCAGGCCCGCCCCGAAAGAGUGGACGAGAUACUGCCGUACAUCCAGGGAAGAAUACGAGACAAAGACAAAAGGAUCAGAGGAAACGCAGUUUCUUUUAUUUUCAAAAAUAUUCAGGCGAUCAAGGGCACAAACACAAAGGUCAUAGCGAAAACAAUGAUUGACCUGCUGAAGAACAAGAAGAAAGCCAUACGGGUCUUUUACUUAAAAAUAAUUGCAUCAAAUAUAAACGAGUUUUCGGAAAUGCUAGCGCCCAGCGAUGUUAAGUAUCUCAUCAACACGUUCUCGCUGGUGUGCGAGUGCUAUCUGUCAGAAAAACAAAACAUCACAAGCUUUAUCAAAAAGAUAUUUGCAAUAAUCAACCGUUUGAAGUAUUUGGGAAAGCUCUCUCUAUCUAACGUCCUCCCUCUCUUUGAAGUUUGCAACAUGACAGCCCCAGAGCUCCUCCCUUUCCUAAGAGGGUUCUACAGAAGAGUCGAGAAAGAGAUAUGCGAUCCGUCUUUCCUGCGACAGCUUGAAAAAGAAGAGAGCGAAAGCACGCGGAUAAACCUUCUAGCACUUGUGGCAUGCGGUGUAGAUGACAAAAUGAAGGUGUUUUUAAAGUACAAAGAGUUUGCGCAGAAAGUGCAGACGCUUGAAGUCAGAAUGCAUCUCUUCAGAAUACUGAAACAGAGCAAACACAAUAUCGAUCCAGCUCUCUACUUGCCUGAAAUACAGAGUGCACUAGACGAUCUGGCAGGGAGCAAUAAUACAGAAGCUGCCAAAGCCGCUCUAGAUAUGUACAUGAUAUACGCAAAAGAAGACCUUGUGCCAGCGAAAGAAUUCCAGGAAACUAUCUUUAAAAUUUUCAAGGAAACAAAACAUCUCAAGAGUACCAUUCUGCUUUUUUUAGACGAAGCAUUGAAGGGCCUAAGCAGCAAACAUUCUGCGCCAUGCAGCAAUGCUGAUAGCGGAAACUAUCCAGAGCUAGCAGCACGAACAGCCUCUACUCUAAACCCGUCAGCUCUGCCCUCUGCAGUCACAAACGAUGAGACAUCAUUUGCCCAUGACUCAUUUGGCGCUGACUAUCACGAGAACAAUCCAGCAGCUGCAGAUGAGCUCUUGCCCUCUGAUCAUAAGAAUAAGAAUGGUACACCGCCUCAUUCAGAGAAGGUAGCGCACAGUCUAAAGACGCUUAUUCAAACCAUUCUGUUCUACCUGGUGGAAUAUAACGAAGUGGAGGCUCUGGAGACAUUCUUGAACUACUUCAACCCAUUUGAGUAUGGGGCGCCCUCUUCCAUCUACUCUGCAAGCAAUACAGUUACUUUCUACACUGUUCUAUGGUACAUGCACACACUUCGAGAGUCACCUGCGAUGGCUUCUGAGCAUACACUCGAUGAUAUAGCGAUCCAUAAAAUUACACACCGCGACUUCGAUCUUUCUCUGGAAUUCUACUCCGUUCUAUUCAUUCUUUCAGAGUCAUCGCAGCAGUGCAUGCACAAGCUUAAGAAUGACCUGUUCGCCCAGAUGGCGGCAUACCUCUCAGAUCUGCUAGACAGUGUAAGAGCAUCCCGAGAGUUCUUAAGAGACAACUACAAAGAAAUAGUGUACACAAUAGAUGGGCUGGUUGUGCAGCUGAACAAGAAGAACAAUACAUACAGACCGGUUCUCCAGCUGGCACAGCACAGCUUGGCAUCUAUCACAGCCCUCAUGCUGUACCUUCUAAACUCUGAGAACACCAUCAAAAAUCUGCAGACCAUUAAGAGCCAUAUGGAGCCUGCGCUUGUGCAGAGCAUCGACAUAGAAAAAGCCAAGGAGUACGGAAUCCUAUCAGAGAAGAAUACAAAAAAAUACGAGAAAUUCAUGGGUCUUCUAAGCAAGCGAGCAGCAGCUGCAUCUGAAAUCGAUCUUUCUUCCGUUACAGAGCACUCUGUAUCUACUAACCUAGACACAAAUAUAAUAGAGGGAAUCUCCAAAAUAGAAGACCAGAAAUAA